AAAAAUGGUUUUAUUAAAUUGUUCCAUAGUGUCUUUUUUGAGACAACUGAUUAGUUCACAAUGAAAAUAGUUUUUAACAGAUAAGAUAAGCCUUUUGAUUGACCUUCGAAAAGCUUUUAUCUCGGCCCAGCGAGCGUGCGCUCGGAACCACAAGGAAACAACGUAGCCGACUCUCACUGAGUCGGGUCGAAAACAGCGCUGGCAUGUGAUCCCACCCGGAAGGCGUCCCACGAAAACAAUGUGAUCGGCAACAUCAGCACGUGUCACGGCUGGAUGAGCGCAACACAUAACGCCACGCCCACUCUUGCCGAGGAGGCUUUUAUUCCCGGACUCGCGGCACCGCUCACUCGUUCCUGACAAUCCAUUCCCACUACUUAUAAGAAUCUCCGCCAUGUCCGCGCUCACCCACUUGCUGGCAUGCCUUUUCGGCAUGGGGUCCUGGGUGGCCAUCAACGGUCUGUGGGUGGAGCUUCCCGUGAUCCUCUCCCAGAUUCCAGAGGGCUGGUACCUGCCCUCGUACCUCUCAGUUCUCAUCCAGAUGGCCAACGUGGGGCCGCUCUUCGUCACCCUGAUGCACCGUUUCAGACCGGGAGUCCUUAGCGAGACGGCGGUGAUUUACGUCAUCGUCUCCUUGGGUGCGGCGGCCACUUUCCUGUUGGGUUUCUUCUGGAAGGAGACGGUGGUUGUGGCAGGGGCGCCUCGCAGCGUGGCCUUGCUCAGCCUCGCCUUCUUCCUCGCCACGGUGGACUGCACCUCCUCGGUGACCUUCCUUCCCUUCAUGAUGCGCCUCAAGCCCCAGUACCUGACAACUUACUAUAUCGGCGAGGGCGUGAGCGGCCUGCUGCCGGCGCUCGUGGCGCUCGUCCAGGGCGUCGGCGUGGUCCACUGCAUAGACGACGCCUCCAACCAAAACGCAACAGACAGUUUACCCACGUUGCGUGCUCAACGGCAGCCGGCUAACUUCUCAGCGGAGGUGUUCUUCUUCUUCCUGAGUGCCAUGAUGCUGCUGUGCCUGCUGGCCUUCCUUCUGCUCAACCAUCACCCCGCCGUUGCCAGGGAGAAGACCAAAAGCCAAUACGCCACUGAGGUCAAGGACAAGACCUGGGUGGCAAAAAGCGCCGCAACGGAGCCGCGCAGAGCCCCAAGACAGAAAAGUAGAUUUGGCCUCGGUACUUACAGCCGGAUGCAGGUGUUGUACAUCUUUGUAGUCCUGGCGUGGGCCAACGCUCUAACCAACGCGGUGCUUCCGUCGGUGCAGUCGUACUCUUGCAUACCGUACGGAAACACCGCCUACCACCUGUCUGCCACCAUGUCGGCGGCGGCCAACCCUCUGGCCUGCUUCGUUGCCACCUUUUUCCCUUUAAGAUCUUUGUGGCUGAUGGGGGCGCUCACAUUGGUGGGCAGCGGCGUGGGGGCUUUUAUAAUGAGCAUGGCUGCCCUGAGCCCGUGUCCUCUGCUCGUGAACGACACCUGGGGCGGCAUCGUCAUGGUGCUGGCGUGGAUCAUCUUCGUCCUCACUCUGUCCUACGUCAAGGUGAUCAUCGGUGUGAUCCUUCGUGACGAGGGCCAUAGCGCCCUCGUGUGGUGUGGGGCGGUGGUGCAGCUGGGCUCCCUGCUGGGCGCCAUCACCAUGUUCCCUAUGGUCAGCGUUUACAACCUUUUUGCAUCAGGCGACCCUUGCAACACCCGAUGUCCCUAAGCGACAUGGUAGUCUGUUUGUUUACAUGCUAACAAGAAUGUGUGAGAAUGAUUUGCACCCUCUCAUUAUAUUUAAACUCCUAAACUUACAGGUGUCAUGUAGUUGAAGUAAACGUGGAGGGUUCAUGUUUUGUACUGUUGACUUUUAAUGAUCUAGAAUGAUUUCCUUAUUUUUUUGUUUGUCUCUGUGUAAAAUAGCCUGAUGGGUUGAAAUGCUGCUGCUUUGGAAUGUUUGUAACUCCACUGAUGUGAAAAUUGUUUAAAAACAGGAUACAUUUCUGUCCAAGUUCAUCUGCAUAGUGCCAUGUUAAUUUUUUUCAAGAAAACAAUAAAUAAUUUAACGUGAUCUAGGUUUUUAAGGGAGGACAUGCAAAUAUACUUAUUUAUAUAAAUUGAUAUUUCCCAUACAUACAUACGUACAUACAUACAUUACAUUACAUUACCAUACAGACAUACAGUGCCUUGCGAAAGUAUUCGGCCCUCUUGAACCUUUCAACAUUUCGCGACAUGUCAGGCUUCAAACAUAAAGAUAUAAAAGUUUAAUUUUUUAUCAAGAAUCAACAAGUGGGACACAAUCGUGAAGUGGAACAAAAUUUAUUGGAUAAUUUAAACUUUUUUAACAAAUAAAAAACUGGAAAGUGGGGUGAAUUGCCUUCCUGUGCAUCAACGGAUCAGUCAGUGAAGGUGUUGCGUCUCCUGGUGUGAACUAUGUAAGCCAGAAUGUAGAUUUACGAUUUGCCAAGGAAAGAAAGAACCACUCACUGAAACACCACUUCUUUUAUGUACAUUUUCUCCAAGCUAACGGCUAACUUUAUUUCAUGAAAGGAUGCGCCGUUAUGCAACAACGGGGAUAUUUUGCUUCUCUUUGGGUAAUCUUGAUUUUAUAACACUUAGUAGUUUUUAAAUAAUGUGUAUGCAUAUAUAUGCCUAAAUAUUGUUAUCCAAUAUAUCGACUGCAAUUUCACAUUAGAUUGCUGGUUUGAAAUUUACUUUUAAUAUUAUUUUCAAAUAAACAUUUAUGUUAUAA